AUGGAUGCUGUCAAGCGAUUCUUCUCUUCCCCGCGCUUUGCCGUGGCGGGCGCAAGCAAUGACACCAACAAGUUUGGUUACAAGAUUCUUGCAUGGUAUCACCAGCAUUCGCUUCCGGUAACACCGCUCAAUCCACGAGCAGCACAGAUUUCACUCCCCUCGCGUGCUUACGAUACGGUCCCCUCACCGGCCGGGCUACCCUCACCCACGCAGACCUCAUUGUCCGUGGUGACUCCCCCACCAGUCACUCUUAAGCUGCUACAGGAAGCGCAUUCUGUCGGUAUCCCUGCUGUAUGGUUGCAGCCUGGCACCUUCGAUGACAGUGUGCUGGAAUUUGCGCGGGGACACUUUGAGGCGGUGAUUGCGGGUGAUGGGGGGCAAGGUGGAGAAGGCUGGUGUGUACUUGUGGAUGGCGACGAUGGACUCGAAGCUGCUGGAGUUCAGUGGACAAGUCAACGAUUGUAA